AGGAUUAAACUGAAAGAGGCACCAAAGAGGCCUCAGCUUCAUUCAGAGAAGAGGCCAAGCGUGCCAUUAUAUGUGCAUUGAACUUCAAUGUUGAAGCUUCCCCUUUGGUCUUUUUCCCCAUUGAUGGUAGGUGGUAGUGGUGGCGCUUCGUCAGCUGCAAAUGGGCGGCGGAGAACCCGAAAACGAAGUGGACUUGCCGUCUUCUUUAGCUGGUGUGAAACUGGUUGAAGCACCUAUUCUUUUUUUCGUUAUUUCUCAUAAGGCUAUUACACUUGAGCUUGCCCACAUCCAUCGUGUAGCUGUGGACGCAUUGGAUACUGGCUCACAAGGCCUUGAAUUAGUUGAUGAUCUUAGCCGCCGGUUAGAUUUCUUGAAAAUUGUCUAUAAGUACCAUUGCGCUGCUGAAGAUGAGGUCGUCUUUCUUGCACUUGAUGCACAAGUGAAGAAUGUGGUCUUUACAUAUUCUUUGGAGCAUAAAAGUAUAGAUGAUCUGUUCCAUUCCAUCUUUGAAUGCUUUGAUCGUUUACGAAAGGAAAAGGAGGAUUUUGCCAACAUGUUCAACGAACUUACGUGUUACAUAGGUACCAUUGAGACUAUUAUCUCUCAGCAUAUGCUGAAAGAAGAGGAGCAGGUCUUCCCUUCGCUAAUGAAGCAGUUCUCGUCCAAAGAACAGGCUAGGCUUGUCUGGCAGUACCUAUGUAGUGUUCCCCUGUUGUUACUGGAGGAUUUUUUGCCUUGGGUAACAACUUCUCUUUCUUCAGGUGGAAAGACAGACUUUCUGAAUUUCAUUCAUGUCGUUUUACCCGAAGAGACACUGAUUCAAGAGGUGUUCAUCUCAUGGCUUGAUAAACAUGGAAAAGGAGCUAAAUCUCAUUAUGGAACAGCCAACAUGAAGCACAUUUUAAAGCUGGAAAUGAUGGUGGCUCAGUCCAGUGAAAUGAAGCUACUGACAAAGCAGAACCCAAUUGAUGGUUUCCAUCUUUGGCAUGCUGCCGUCAGAAGAGAUCUGAAAGAAAUUCUGGAGGAACUACAUCAAUUAAGAAGCUCAUUUUGUUUAUCAACCUUAAUGUCAUUGGUAGCUCAGCUGAAGUUUUUCGCAGAUGUUCUCAACUUCUACAGCAUUGCACUGGACCAAAUCUUCUACCCCUUGUUAGAUGAAUUCAUCAAGAGUAAGGCAUCUACUUUUCAUGAACAAUUUAUUGAAGGAAGUCAAAUGGAAGGACUACAGAGAUUAUUAUACUGCAACCUACAAGGUGGGAUACAGUUAAAUGUUCUCAUAGAAAUGCUUUGCCAGGAAGUAGAAUCAUUUGUUGGGAGGAUCAGCAAAAAGCUUCAUUUUCUAGAAACAGAGGUUUUUCUGGCCAUUAGAGAGAACUGCAGCCAUGAAUUGCAGCUCUGGUUAUUGUACAGAAGCCUGCAGAUGUUGCCACUUGGGCUGCUAAAGUGCAUGAUUAUCUGGUUCUCGGCUCAUUUAUCUGAGGAUGAGUCCAAACUGAUUCUAAGUAAUGUCUUGCUAGGAUCUCCUGCAGUUAACAUGUCCUUUGCUUCUCUCUUGCAUGAGUGGGUUCGGACGGGCUAUUCUGGAAAGAUUUCUCUUGAAAAGUUUAGAAAAGAUUUGGAAGAAAUGUUCAGUAGCAGAAGCUCCUUGCUGGAGAAGUCAUUUAAUAGUGCUGGAAGUUGUUCAUCACAAUUGAACAUGCAAUCAUUUGAUAAAUCUAAUAAUCUGUUAUUGCAACCAGCUUCAGCCAUGACAUUAAACAACAAUGUAUCUUAUCAACCUCCUCCCCUUGGCAUCAUUGAGAAGGUUGAUACAUCUUAUUCUAACGGGAUCAAUAAGCAUAUAUUUUUCUCAGACUCACAGAAAAACUUGUCCUUUCUUCCUGGAACUUCUUCCAGAUCAAGAAAUGACUUAAACUUCUCAAAUCAUGAGUUUAUACCAAUAGACUUUGUUCAUUUCUUUCACAAAGCCUUGAAAAACGAUAUACAGUAUGUUGUCACCCUCUCAGUUAAGCUGGCUGAAGAUGUUGGAAUUCUUGCGGAAUUUCAAAGACGCUUCCAUCUUCUACAAUUUCUAUUGAAGAUUCAUAGUAAUUCUGAGGAUGAAGUUGUCUUUCCUGCUCUGGAAUCAAGGGUAAAUCUCCAAAAUGUUAGCCAUUCCUACACCCUUGACCAUCAUUUAGAGGUAGAGCAUUUCGACAAGAUUUCCGUUAUCUUAAGUAAGCUCACCAGUUUGCGAGGUGAUGACAUAAGUGAUGGUGAGAAGCUUAAGUAUAAAAGGCUUUGCUUAAAGCUCCAAAAUGCAUGCAUAUCUAUGCAAAGAACAUUAACUGACCACAUCAACCAUGAAGAAAUUGAACUCUUGCCACUAUUCAGAGAAUAUUUUUCCGUUGAGGAACAAGAAAAGAUUGUCGGAAACAUGCUUGGACGAACAAAAGCAGAGUUUCUACAAGAAAUGAUUCCGUGGUUGAUGGCAUCUCUAACGCCAGAGGAACAACACGGCAUGAUGUCCUUGUGGCGCAAAGUUACAAGACAUACAAAGUUUUUCGAGUGGCUGGGAGAAUGGUGGGAACCUAUAAAGAGAGAUGAGAGUGUAAAUGUAGAAAAGGAACUGAAGGUUUCUCCUUUAUUGUCUAUUGAUCCUCUGGAAGUUGUCUCUACAUAUUUGUCAAGAAAUGGUGUUAAACAAGGAAUCUGGAAUGAGAAAAGAUCAGGCUUUUCAUCAGCAGAGUUUGUUAAUUGCAGUAUUUGUCAGCAUGGAACUUUUACUUCAGAUAAAACACACAAUGCCAAGGGAAAACAAAAUGUUGAUCUAUCUGAAGAUACAACACGAUUUUCUACUGAGGUUGACAAGAAGAAGUACACUGAGGCAGUUGACCCUGUUGCUCAGAAAGAGACAACUUGCCAGGGUAUAGAACUAUGUGAGAAAUCAAGGAAACAGCAGAAGCACCAUAUAAUGAGUCAAGAGGAUCUGGUUUCUGUAAUAAGAAAAAUAUCCUGCGACUCCUCUUUGGAUUCUGAAAAGAAAUCACACCUCAUGCAGAGCUUGCUAAUGAGUCAAUGGAUUGUGACGCAAAAGAUAUCUAUUUCUGAGGCUGCUGCUUCCAACGAUAUGGAGAAAUUCCCUGGUCAGUAUCCCUCUUAUCGCGAUCAAGAGGAAUCCAUUUUUGGUUGCAACCAUUACAAGAGGAACUGCAAGCUUCUUGCUCCAUGCUGCAAGAAGCUCUUUACAUGCAUACGGUGUCAUGAUGAUACUACUACUGAUCAUAGUCUGGACAGAAAAACUAUCACCCAGAUGAUGUGUAUGAAGUGCUUGAAAAUACAACCCGUCGGUCCUAGUUGCUCAACUCCCUCCUGCAGUAGCUUCUCCAUGGGUAGAUACUAUUGCAAAAUCUGCAAAUUGUUUGAUGAUGAAAGGCAAAUCUACCACUGCCCUUUCUGCAAUCUGUGCCGGUUGGGAAAAGGAUUAGGGAAUGAUUACUUCCAUUGCAUGAAUUGCAAUGCUUGCAUGUCAAAGUCUCUUUCUGUUCACAUAUGCAGAGAGAAAUGCCUGGAGGAAAACUGUCCGAUCUGCCAUGAAUAUAUUUUCACAUCGACCAAUCCUGUCAAAGCUCUUCCUUGUGGCCAUCUGAUGCACUCUACAUGCUUUCAGGACUACACUUGUACUCAUUACACCUGCCCAAUAUGUAGCAAGUCACUUGGGGACAUGCAGGUGUACUUUGAGAUGUUAGACGCGUUGCUGUCUGAAGAGAAAAUUCCUGAGGAGUAUGCUGGCCAGACUCAGGCUAUACUAUGCAAUGAUUGUGAAAAGAGAGGAACAGCUUCCUUCCACUGGCUCUAUCACAAAUGCUCCUCUUGUGGUUCAUACAAUACAAGACUUUUAUGAUCAAAAUCCACAAGGAGUACGAACAGCUGAUUCAAUGCUCCCACAAUGUAGAUAACACAGUCGCCCAUGAAUGCUUGGAAUGCAUGAAACACUUCUGUUUAUCCUUUCACCAACUUAUGCGUGCAGCACAUUCCCGGAUUCUGAUACGUUGUAAAGUUCUUAACAGUGAGGAUGAUGAUCCUAACUUCUGAUAUGUGACAAUUUUGACCAAGUUAGCAGAAAUAAAUAAUAAACGAGACAUAUUUAUUUUUCAAAAUGUAUUCCUGACAUUGUUAUAUAUUUUUCAAUUUUUUGAUGAAUAGAUGGUUGAGUCUUGAACUUCAA